UUUCCUUACACAGAGGCAUUACUAGAGAGAAAAGAAGGAAAGAGACCUCAAAACCGAAGAAAAACCUCAACGAAAGCAGGAUUAAUCAAAUAAUCUAAAACCCCAUCAGAGAAGGUGUCUGUACUUCACGCUUUUAAGACCUCCGUCACGAGUCAAACAAGUCCCAAUUUCAAAGAUUUGGAGUUGUUUUAGUGGCUGCUUCAUCAAUAGGUUUUUUAGUGAGUUUGUGGCUUUUGCCCAGUGAUACCACUCCAGAGAGAAGUCUCUCAAUGCUGAUCCUCAUGAGGCUGAUUAGACAUACUGUGGUACCCCAGAUCAUUAUGUUUUGCCACACGUGCUACCCUGUGAGGGUCUUAAAUAAGAGGAGGCUAUAAAGAGGCCUUGAAGUCUUCAUCACGCAAUCUUCCUCUUCCUCCGUCCACUUGCCUUCACAGCUAAUUGGCCACCUCAGUUGUCUCAGAAGCAGCAUUGCACGGCGCAGCCAAUCCAGCCACACGUUUCCACUGUCAGCAUGAAGAAAAGCGUCUCUGUCUUCCUUGCCGUUUUGGGAGCCAGCGUCCUCCUCUCGCUGCAGGUUGAGGGUGGGCAGAACCCAGACUACAUGCUCCAUGGCACUGGGGUCAAGUCUGGAUCAGAUCCCAAAAAGCCCCAGUCAGGGGAUGGAUCCACCGUGGCACCCGAGGAUGCAGCCCGCUUCCUUAGCUGCUACUGCUCAGGCCACUGCCCUGAAGAUGCCACAAACAACACCUGCGAGACGAAUGGCCAGUGCUUUGCUAUCAUUGAGGAGGACGAGCACGGCGAAGCUAUUCUCACCUCAGGCUGCAUGAAAUAUGAAGGCUCUCACUUUCAGUGCAAGGACUCUCCUAAUGCACAGAGCAGGCGGACCAUUGAGUGCUGUUCCACAAAUUUCUGUAACAAAGACCUACAGCCUACACUUCCACCUCCUCCAGACAAGCCUUCGUUAUGGAACGCCCACUUGCUGGCCUUCCUUAUCUCAGUGACUGUUUGCUGCUUCACUUUAGUCGCCAUUACAGUAGUGUGUUACUACAGGUAUAAGCUGCAGAUGGGACGGAGACGGUACCAGAGAGACCUGGAAAAGGACGCGUUCAUCCCAGCUGGAGAGUCUCUCAAAGACCUUAUUAGUCAGUCCAGUACUGGCUCAGGUUCAGGGCUCCCCCUGCUGGUCCAGCGCACCAUCGCUAAACAGAUUCAGAUGGUGCGUCAGAUUGGAAAGGGGCGGUAUGGAGAAGUGUGGCUCGGUCGCUGGAGAGGAGAAAAGGUAGCGGUGAAAGUGUUCUUUACCCGUGAAGAGGCCAGUUGGUUCCGAGAGACAGAGAUUUACCAAACUGUUCUAAUGAGACACGAGAAUAUACUGGGCUUUAUUGCUGCAGAUAUUAAAGGCACAGGAGCGUUCACUCAGCUUUUCCUCAUAACAGAUUACCAUGAGAACGGCUCUCUCUAUGACUAUCUGAAAUACACUACCCUGGAUAUACAGGCCGUGCUGCGGCUGGCCUACUCUGCAGCCUGUGGCCUGUGCCACAUGCACACAGAGAUCUAUGGCACGCAGGGCAAGCCUGCCAUUGCUCACAGAGACCUGAAGAGCAAGAACAUUCUCAUAAAGAAGAAUGGCACCUGCUGCAUCGCUGAUCUGGGCCUGGCAGUGAAAUACAACAGUGAUACCAAUGAGGUGGACAUCCCUCUUAGCACAAGGAUGGGUACACGGCGAUACAUGGCACCGGAGGUCCUGGAUGAGACGCUGAAUAAGAAUCAAUUCCAAGCAUACAUAAUGGCCGAUAUUUACAGCUAUGGUCUCAUUGUUUGGGAGAUGGCCCGCCGAUGUGUGACAGGAGGCAUUGUUGAGGAGUAUCAGUUACCAUACUGGGACACGGUACCUUCAGAACCAUCCUAUGAGGACAUGAGGGAAGUGGUGUGUGUGAAGGGAAUGCGGCCAGUGGUGUCCAAUCGCUGGAACGGUGACGAGUGCUUACGGGCCAUGCUAAAACUCAUGUCUGAGUGUUGGGCACACAACCCAGCCUCUCGCCUCACAGCUCUUCGAGUCAAGAAAACACUCGCCAAAAUGGUUGAAUCACAGGACAUUAAAAUAUGAUCAGUUCUCCCUCCAAUAGCAACCUAAGAGAAAUCAUGGAGAUACUUAUGCUCACACCAUGAAUUAUUGCCUCGGUUCCUAAACAGACCUGUGGGAGCGCUGCAUAGCAGAACAUUUACCUCCCUGCCUGGCUGCCUUUUUUUUUUUUUUUUUCACCUUUUUGCAGUUACACUCUUAGUGUCAUUUAGCACCCUCUGCUGGACAGUACAUGCCAAAGCGCAUCCGCAUGGAAAUAUGGGCAGAAUUCCAGUCCACUAUCACUUGUCCAGAUUUCCACUCCCAAACUUCAGGGAUCGGUACUCAUCAUCACUGUCUCCACCAUUUUUCCCCUUCUUUACUUCAGGCAAUCUUUUAUAUGUUGGGAGAGAAAUGAUGAGCUUAUGGUGCUUUCUGUGAAAGUAGAGGAAUAUGUCUGUAUGGAAAAGAAUGGUGGCAGCAUUUGCCAUUGGAGCACAGUAAUGGAGCCAUAUUUCAGGAGCAUUUGGAAGAAAGCUAAGGACUGACCCAUCUGUCUUUGAAUGAGAGGCCGACAUAUUUGAGGUGAUAUUCAGACUUGUGAUCACCCGUGAGACAUAUGCUUGGGAUGUGCUCUAGUAAGGCUUGCACUCACAAAAUUAACACUUGGGAUUUGGACUGUGUGCAGAAGUCGCCACCAAAACUGCAAGAGAGAUUGCACCCUAUUUAAUGCAAAUGACCCAUAUGCUAUAUUAUCGUCUAUUUGUAUAAAACAAAAAUGACCCAUAACUACAUAUUGACAUUUUAAUUAUUAGCCAUUUUGAAGAAUUAUUCCUUCAACUACUUUUGUUUCUAAUUAUCCGUCCAUUUGGUGUUCAAAUACAGAAUUGGAUGCUAGCAAUAAGGUUUGUCUGUUAGAAACCUCCCCAUUUGGAAAAGCAGAAGAUAUAUAAAGAAGACAUGUAUUCACUUUUAGGGAAUAAGUUCUGUUCAGGUGCAAUGACUAGAGUAAUGUGAUUAUAACUCCAGCUCUUGCUUGAAGCAGUAAAAUACAACUGGUCAAAGACUGCCAGCACUGCAGCCAUAAAGGUCUAUUAAGCUAGCGGAUGGUGACAGAUCUAAUCUGGCUUAUUGCUGGUUUCCUGGUGUACUGCUGAAGUUGGAUGCCCACAGCUUUCAUAUGCCACACAACUGAUGUUUUAUUUUAUUCAAUUGCCUUCAAGUCAACCACAGUAUCACAUCUGAUUAAUCAGAGUCAGAUUGGAUUUCUGUUUUAAAUGCCUCAUUUAAAUGGUUUUGCCUUGAAUUUAAUGUUGUGACCGCUUGGGAAUCAUAUGACUGAUGACUCUGGUGUCAAAUCCCAUAAAUGUCUUAUGUGAUAGAUAUGUGCAAAUGCAUGUGCUAUUUAUUCAUGUCAUGUCUUAUAGUAUGAAUUAUGAAUUAUCAAGGUAAGGAACUUUACUUGCAGUCUAUUAACACUAUUCUUGCAAACAACAAAUGUUUUUACAGAGCAGCUUAAUCUUGCAAGUACUAGUAACAGUGUAUUUAUAACUUUGUUGAGAUGAAAUUUAAUGGUUAAUGACUUUUUAUCAAAGUGUGGGUGUGCAUUAUUAUUUCUCAUUUGCGCUCACCCGUGUUCCUCAAAUGUGUACAACUAGAACCGUCAUUUGAAAUGUACAUAAUAGUAAAUAGUUAAUGAAAAGGAAAAUUAUUUGUUUUGCAAGACUUAAUGAAAACAUUUUUUACUGAAAAGCUUUGUCACAAAUUAAAGUCAAUGUGACUGAUUUACUGCAUAAUUGGCACUUGUGAAAAAUGCAGUUUUAACUUCAAAACUUUUGCCAUCAUCACUUCUGCCAUAACAUUUAUGGAGAGGUACAACCUUGUGUGUAAGUGUUUUCUCAUUGUUUGGGCUGCAGCUCAAGCUUAGUCUGUCCAUUACAAUCAUGCCAGUUACCUUGUGAAAUCACAUUUGAGCUAAUUUAAAGGAAUAGUUAUUUCAUCAUUUAAUUACCCUCAUGCCGUACCAAACUCAUAUGACUUUCUUUCUUCUGCAGAACACAAAUGAAGAUAUUUAAAAGAAUGCAUGAUGUGUUUUUGUCCAUACAAUGUAAGUCAAUGGAGUCCAAAGGUUGCAAGCACCAAAAAGAAAAUAAAGGCAGCAUACAAGAAAUCCACACAAUUUAAGUGGUUUAAUCCAAGUCUUCAGAAGUGACACGGGAAAGGAAUGGAUGUAUUUCUGUUUCUCACCCAAAGCAAUCAUUUCACUUCUGAAGACAUGGAUUAAACCACUCAAGUUGUAUGGAUUACUUUUAUUCUGCUUUUAUAUCAUUUUUGGAAAAUCAUCUCAUACUUUUUUCAAAAUAUCUUUGUGUUCUGCAGAAGAAAGUCCUACAAGUUUGGUAUGGCAUGAAGCUAAUUAAAUGAUGAGAAAAUUAUUUUUGGGUGAACUAUCCCUUAAAGCUCGUCUGUAAACAAGUUGAGAUAAAUGACUCCACAACAAUUUGUCUUAAUUGUUUAAUGUGUAAUAGAAACCAUGUAAAAUGGCCUGGAAAGAAAUUUGUGUUGUGCACAGCAUCUGGUUUUAAGAGAGGUGCCUUAUGUUGACCAAGAAAGGCUGUUCUGUACACAGAAUUUGUCCAAUGUAUCCAUUUUUAAGUAAAUUACCUUAUUUUAGUACACAA